AUGUCAGGAUUACAAAGGUGGGCACAAGCAGAAUUGCGGAGGCAAGGAGUGAAGGACCUUCUUUCGGCAAUGGCAGCAGUGGAUUGUCUUAUUGAUUACAAGAUGGACAGUAACUCUUCUGUUCAGAGGAAAAACACCGAGAAAAAGGCUUGCACAUCGAAAGGUUGGAAGAAAGAGGACGAGAAGAAGAAAUUCGAGGGCCCCAAAUCGAAAGAUGGUGAUCAGUGUCAGAAGUCAAAAAGUUUCAGUGGAUGCUUCAUUCGCAACGGUCUCGAUCGUGCAAAGGAUUGUCCAAAGAGGGAGAAACUAAAUGCCUUAAGGUUGGAAGGUAGUGAUGACAGCUCAGAUGAGGCCCCUACACGAGUGAAUCCACUACAGCUUGUGAAUGCUAUCACUACACUGCAGCGUGGCUUGAUGUAUGUUCAAGUUACUAUUGAUGGGACAGAAGUGUUGGGAAUGAUGGACACAGGUGCUACAAACAACUUUAUAAGUUCCAGGAUCGUGGAAAAGAUGGGUUUAAUCAUGACUCAGGUGGCAAGUGUCUUAGAGGAGUUCGUCGAUGUGAUGCCCCCAGAACUUCCAAGAACUCUCCCACCCCGUCGUGCCAUUGAUUAUAAAAUUGAACUCGAACCUGGUGCAAGGGCUCCAGCACAAGCUCCAUAUCGAAUGGCUCAGUCGAAAUUGGCAGAGUUGAGGAGACAACUUGAUGAUUUACUUGAUGCAAGAUUCAUUCAGCCUUCGAAAGCUCCCUAA